AUGAAGAGAAAAGCUCCAAGUAAUCCAGUUACCCAAACCCAAAAACAAUUAUCUUUAGAAGAUGACAAAGUGAAAGCUUUGUUCAACCAAAAAAUUUGGGAUCCAAAGUUCCAAGAUGAGUUAAAAGAUGAAAUUGCUAAUGCUAAACCAUACAAUUGGGGUACUAUUCAUGAUUUAGUCGAUGAUGAUUUAUUACGUGCAGUUCGUAAAGAAAUUGAAACUGAAAUUCAUUUCACUAAGAAAGAAACUGAUAUUUACAAAGUCAAUCAAAGUGGUGAUUUAGCUAACUUAUCUGGUUUAGACUGGAAUGAUUUAUCACGUUUACCAAACAUGUACAAGUUACGCCAAAUUUUAUAUUCUGAAAAAUACAGAGACUUCUUUGGUUACGUUACAGGUGCCGGUAAGUUGUCAGCUUCUAAAACUGAUAUGAGUGUUAACACUUAUACUAAAGGUUGCCAUUUAUUGACCCAUGAUGACGUUAUUGGUUCUAGAAGAAUUAGUUUCAUCUUAUAUUUACCAGACCCAGACAGAAAAUGGAAAUCUCACUACGGUGGUGGAUUAAGAUUAUUCCCAAGUAUUAAAGAAAAUAUCCCUUACACAGAUCCAUGUGCAAAGUUGGUUCCACAAUUCAACCAAAUUGCUUUCUUCAAAGUUCAACCAGGUUUCUCCUUCCAUGAUGUUGAAGAAGUACGAGUCGAUAAGCAUAGAUUAUCCAUUCAAGGUUGGUAUCAUAUUCCACAAAAGGGUGAAGAUGGAUACAUUCCAGGUGAAGAAGAAGCUUGGAUUGAUCAAAACAUCUCCACUUUAGCUCAAUUGGAAUCAAGAACUUUACAAGAUUUUGAAUUUCCAAAUGCUGAGAGAGAAAUCUUACCAUUCCAUCAAACAAAGCAUUACGAAAGAUUAUUAACAGGUGAAGAAGAUAAUAACAAAGAUUGUAAAUUUUUAAGUGAAGCUUUAAAAUUAACUGAAAGGGAAAUUCAAUACUUAUCUCAGUACAUCUCUCCAGAACAUCUUACUGCUGAAGGUAUCACUAAAUUACAAAAAAGUUUUGAAGACAACUCUUCAUUACAAAUUGAAUCUUUCUUAAAUGAUCCAAAAUCUGAUUUGUUGAAAAAAUUGAUCAAGCAUGAUGAAUUGAACAAAGAAUGUCCAAUGGAAGCUAAGGAUGUCAAGGCCCCAUGGAAAACUGCUACUCCAUCCCAUAAAUGGAGAUACUUAUAUAUGGAUGGCAAAUCUCAUGAAUAUUUUGCUACUGAAGAAGAUAUGUUAGAAAAUCUAAACAAUGAAGAACCAUCAAAUUUUAAAUGGUUGAAAGAAACCCUAAUCAAUGCUAAGACUUCUAAUAACGAUAACGAAUUGGAAAUUGCAUUAGUUGAUUUAGCUCAAUUUUUAAAGAGUUUGAUUUUUAAGAAAUAUAUUGCUACUUUAACUCUACUAUGUCCACUUGCUGAGAAAGUUAUUAUUAGAAGAUUCAGGCCAGGUAAGGAUUUCACAUUAGCCACUAAGUGUAACUUAAGUGAAGUCUUAAAGGGCGUUGAAGGUUUUGUUGAUGCAGUCUUGGAAGCUACUCUGUGUUUGACUCCAUCUAAUGGAUGGACUUCUGGUGAAGUCGGUGGUUAUGAACUAUAUAUGGCUGAUGAAACUAUUGAUGAAGAAGAGAAAGAUGACACACAAUACGAAAGAGAUGUUGAAGACGCAACUGUUUACCGUAGAGAUGAUGCUGGUGAUUCUGUUCUAAUCAACAAACCUGCUUCCUGGAAUUCUUUGAACUUAGUGUUAAGGGAUGAAAGUGUUAUGGAAUUCGUUAAGUAUAUCAGUUGGGGUGCUGAAUCAAGUAGAUGGGAUGUUAGAAUCCAAUGGGAUGUCAAGUCAAUGGAAUCUGACGUAUAG